CGCCUGUCGUCUUAAUCCGGUCUGGAUUCUGGUCAUGAUUGUUUUAAUUAAUUGAUUUCUCCUCCCUUCCUCUCUCUCUGUAUAUGAGAAGCAUGAAUGGGCUACAAUCUGUCGUCUUGCUGCAAUCCGGUGCCUGUUCCUGAUCCGCUUAAGGACAGCUGACGUUAUCUCUCUCUCUUUCUUUCUCUCUCUCCCUCCCUCUCCCUCCCCAGGUCUUGGCCCCCGUAUCGGGUGCAGACUGGACCGGGCAGAUCACAGCAGAUGCAGUGGCGACAAGAACCAGAAGACGUCGAGUGACAUUCUUUGUUGACACGGUUCCAUCACGGCCAGUAAGGCCAACGGAGGAGGUGGUUGAUCUCGACUCGAUGGUCCGUCGUUGCGUGCCGCUGCUUCCAGAUCGCCCGCGACGACAACGACAACGACAACGACGACGACGACGACGACGACGACGAUGACGAUGACUCUUCUCAACCCGACCACGGUGCUCGGGGGCUUUGUGCUCCUUUACCUUGCCUCCUUCCUCGUGUUUGCUGUCGUGCGCAUUGCAACGGGCGUCUCCAUCCAGCGUAUCGGUUACUUCUCCCUCCGUCGGAUCGCCUACACCCCCCGAGAAGGCGUGCAGAUCGAAAUCCGUGGACUCGGCCUGUCGUUGCACCCGCCGUCCUUUGCCCAACCUACAUGGAUCAGUCUCAAGCUGACCGAGCUCAAGAUCAAGCUGGACCCAGCCGUGCUCAGCCAGCGGAGACCCAGAGUGCGCAAGGGAAGAGAAGAAGACAAAGGAGAGGAAGGAGACCGGGGAUCGAACCAGGAUGCCUCCUCCGAUGGGGAUGGGUCGCCCACGGCCGCCGAGUCGCGUAGCAAGACAUGGAGGACGUUGACGAAGGUCAAGGAGAGGGUCAAGCUACUGCAUCGCCUGAUCAAUUGGUUGACCCUGGUGGAUGUGCUCGCCGUCAACACCACCGUCCAGUUGGUUGACGCCGGCCAGAUCCAGAUCGGUUCGAUGUUUCUCGCCGUGGAUACCAGGCGUAAGAUGGUGGACCGGGGUCAAAUGUUCCGUCGCAAGGAGGACAAGUCGCGCGAACACCGGCCUGCCGAAUGGUCCAUGAAUGUCCGGAAUGUCCAUCUCGCCGUCGAUGGCCGCGAGUCGACAGAGUUACUCGACUACGUGGGGAUCAACAUCCAUGGCAUGCUCUUCAAGGAUCUCGACGGUCUCCGAGAUGCCUCCGUCUCCGUCAAGAUCGGUCGCAUGCAUGUCCCCUACGAUGAUCUCCGACUGCUGGUCCAGAGAGUCCAGAAGCCUCCCCGGCGGGCCUCCUCUUGCCCUCUAGACGCCACCCCGGACACCGACGACGAGAUCUUACUCCCCAAACAUGUCGAGGACGAGGAGGACCGACCGGGCAACCGGGAUGACGCCAUUGUCCAGGCUGUGGCAGAUUCCAAAGAGUUUCUCAGCUCGCUGCUCCGUGGCAUCCAGGAGUUCCAGGUCGCUCUGAGCUUCUUCAGGCUGUCGCGCCCGCUGCAGUCGCUCUCUGCCGACCAGAACUCGGUCUACUUGAAUGUCAUCUCCCAUGAGCUCGGUAUCGACCUCCACCGCAUGGACCAGAACAGUCCCGCUCACCGCAUGUACUUCCAACGUAACGAUGUCGCCCACCAAGCCCUGUUGGCCGCCAUCUCGCUCUCCGUCAGCCUGGACGAUAGCUCGGGCGAAACCGACAACAUCCUCUACAUCCCCAUGGCCACGACCACCAUCAAGACCACCCUCCCUUCCAAGACGGUGAGCUCCUUCGAUGAGUACAACCCGGAGGAGCGAAACACCAAUGUCUUCUUCGGCAAUCUUGUCAUCACUUCCCCUUCCCUCGACCUCGAACCUCAACACGUCUCUCGACUUCUCCGCGUGGUGCAAUCCAAGGCGGCUGCCUCCUCCUCCUCCUCCUCCCCCUCUCCGCGGGGCAAGAAGCGUGAUAAGAACCAUAUCAUCUCUCGUCUCCUACCAAAAGCAAACAUCAAGCUCUCUGUACAUGAACCCGUCAUUCGCUUCGUGCUUCCGAUAUCUAAUGGCUCCGGAUCUCCCGACGACGAAGAAGAAGAAGAGGAAGACUACAACCUCCUUAUUUCCUCCAUCUCAUCAAUAUCGCUUGAUAUAGAAUCCUCCCACUCUUCCGAGGGUGGCGCUCACUACUCUCUUUCGUCGAUCUACCGGGUCGCGUCACACCAUUUCUACUACCAGACAACAUCAGGCGUCAAACAUAACCUGCUGACCACUGAAAAUUUGGAAUUCAAAGUUCUCUUAAAUGCAUGCCCGGAAGUCAAUGUGAUUGCCUCCGGAACCAUGACUAGCUGCGCAGCCCACAUGGUGAAUGGCGAAGUCAAUCGCGGGAUUCGUCAGGUUGUCGAGCAGUUCCAGGCACAUAUGCAGCCCAAGAAGAGGAGGUCCCUUGCGCUCGACGAACGCAAAACCAGCCCUCUCCGCCAUCUUCCACCCUGGUUGCUGCGCUUUCAGUUCGAGGCCACGGGCUGCAGUCUGGAGAUCGCAGGGGUGGACGCGAGCGUCUCGGGCCUGUCUAGGGGAGUCUCGCUGCAGCUUCAGUCCUGGACAGCAGACUACCGCGCGCAAAAGACAGAGCAGACCACCGUUUCCUCCUUUGCCAGACGGCGCACGCCCAGCCAUUCAACCAUUGGAGACGAGUCGCCCUUCCGCUUCCCUCCCACCUCGCCUCCCCGGAAAUCACAACAUGGUCUCACGGAUGGACGGCGGCUGGCAUUCCAUGGCCGUGGAUUUGAAGGGUUUGUCAUCGAAUCGGAAGACUACCUGGAACCAGAAGCAUUCAUCUCCCUCCCCCGAUUCGAAGUGGCAUUCAGCACCAUGAGUGAUCGCAUCGGGCCCAUGUCGCACAUCAAUUCCGUGGUCAAAGGUCUUUUCUUGCAGUAUUCUCUGUACAGGUAUUACUGCCUUGGAGUUGCAAUCUCGGUGCUGCAAGAUGCGUUUAUGCGGCGUUCAGCGGAUCUCCAAAGCCCGACCGCUGAUCCCUCUUCCCCGUGCGAUUCUUUGCCGGGAUCUCCGAUUCAAUCUCCCACCUUAUCACCGAUACAGAGGAAGGAGCUCAUCACUGUUGACGUGAGAGUGACGGUCGUGCAGGUCAAGGCCUUCCUCCCUGCUGACCCUCCGCUGAUGCUGCAGAUCUACGGGUUGACGGCCGGCCACCAUCGCCUGUCCACCCCGUUCAUGAGGGCCCAACUGGUCCGGCUACACGCGGAAGCUCCCAAGCUGAAAGGUGUUUGGGCGCGGUUGGUGAACAUGAACAAUGUGCGGCUGGACCUGCGCAAGAUCAGACUAAAGCAAGGGCUCAACAUCCACGAGGAGAAGUCCAUUGACAUCUGGACCGACUUCAUUCGCGUGGGUGUCCCGCAUCAUUUGGUGAUGCACCGUGUCUUUGAUAACAUCAUCAACACCACCAAGGCCCUAAAGCAACUUCAUCAUCGAUUCAAGACCCGCUCGAGCGAGUUUGUUUCGGAAAGGGACCCGGAAGCACCGAAGAUAGUACCCAAGGUGUCGCUGCGGAGCAAAGCCCUGCUGUUUGAAUUGGAGGACGAUGCCUUUGAGUGGAAACUGGGCUGUAUCUACCGAACCGGCUUGAUCGAGCAAGUGCACCGGCUAGCCAGAGAAGAGGCUUUCCAACUGAAGACUCAGAAGAUCAAAGAAUCUAGCCAACGCCGCGGCCCGUCGCGCCUCCGAGCACAAUCAAGUCACCGGACGCUACGAAGCGAGCGGAAUAGCCAGGAGCUCAAGCGGAGCAAGAGCGCCGAUGGCUUGAGACGACACCCUCAUGAUCAUCCCCAUCAUCACCGCGGCAGGCGGGGGAGAAAACUUCGCUACGACGCCGAGGGCUCGACGUGUCUGACAUCGGAUUCCAAGGUCUCGAUGGAGGUUGCCUGGUAUCGGCUCCAAGAGCACAACGCCCAGACCUGGAAACAGAAGAUCGAUGCGGCGCUGCACUUCCAGGGGACAUCGAUCCGGGAACUCCGCAACAUGUUUGCCGGCGCAGAUGAGCCACCGGACGAUGCACCGGACUCAGAGACGAUUCUUGCCAUCCCCAACAGACCAGGUCUCCUCUCGGCUCUGAUUAACGACCUGAAUCUUGUCGUGGAUAGGCCCGCCUUCCCCAUCGAAGAAUAUGCCACUUUCCUCCACAAGAUCGGCAAGGGCAUGCCCAUGGACAUGCAAUACGCGUUGCUCGUGCCCAUGAGCAUCCAACUGAACAUGGGCGAAGCGCGCGUUACUCUCAGAGAUUAUCCCCUCGACCUGCUGCAUAUCCCUGCUCUUCGGUCAGGCCAGUCGCCGAAACUACCCAGCUGGUCGCUCCGCACCAAUUUUGUGAUCGCCGAGGAGUACCGUGAUCGACAGUCCGCGCGACAAGUCAAGCUCGAGCUUGUUCCCUCGAGCGAACUGCCCGACGGGUCCACCAGUCCGUCCUUCAAGCUCGACAUCUGGCGAUCGGUUUCGCCCGUCAAGACAUACUCUGAUCCGACGAUCGAGAUCCACACUAGUCUACCCACCAGUAUCUCCUGGAGUAUGUCGUACCAGCCAGUCAUCCAGGACAUGAUGAAGAUCAUCGAGGGCUUCACAAAGCCCGAAAUCGACCUGUCCGAACGAGUCGGCUUCUGGGACAAGAUUCGCUUAAGCUUCCAUUCCCGCCUGAGGGUGAUUUGGAAAGAGGACGGAGAUGUCCAUCUUCGCUUGAAGGGCUCUCGUGAUCCAUAUGUCAUUACUGGAUUUGGAGCCGGCUUUGUCAUGUGCUGGCGCAAAGAUGUGAAAUGGAACAUCCACACCAGUGACGAUCCCAAAGAGUUUAUGAGUGUUACCAGCGGAGAAUACGUGUUGGCUGUUCCGGACUAUAGCAGCCAGGCACGACAUAUCUAUCAGUCUCCGUGGGAAGAGAGUGAGAGCAGCUCCAUCUCUAGCGACUUGAAGAAUGCCGCUUGUUUCAAGAAAGUGGUCAUGAAGUUGUCCGGAGAUGUCCGCUGGGCUGCGGGCUUGGUCUUUGAGCGUAGCAUGGAUGGGGAGAAGCGGUCUUUUGACUUUAGACCGCAUUAUGAAGUCGUCCUGCGGAAUCCCAACUUUGUCGACGAGGCUCAGAGAAAGGAUUACGACGCAUAUCGAGGCUUCCGCAGCAAUCACAUCCAUUUGUCAGUCGCCGUGAUUGCUCCGGAGACCAGGGACUGGGCCGUCGAUAGUAGCCAAUCGUCCUCAAGCUACAACACGGUCCAUCUAACGCCUCGUUUUUUUACCCAUUUCUUCAACUGGUGGUCCCUUUUCUCGGGCGUGAUGUCGCUACCGGUCCGCCAGGGCCGUCUCUGGCCGGGCAUCACCAAGACGAGCAAGAAGUUCAAUCGCCAUCUGGCGACCGUCAAAUACAAACUUCUCCUUGCUCCGCUGUUUGUCGCUCACGUCUACAAGCACAAAGACCGCGAGGACUAUGCCGAGGACGUCGUGACAGCCACAGGUCUCAAAGUCCGCUUGGACAGUCUCAAGCUCGACGUGCACCAGCGACGAGAGCAGAUCAAGACCCAAGGCAAGGGCCGCUUGAAACAGUCCAAGGCCAGCGUGAUGAGAAUCAACCAGGCCCAGUUGGACCUGCAGGCUGCAGAUUUCCGCGCCGUCUCGGCGAGCAUCGAAGGAACCAACCUCGCGGAUGUGGAGAAGAACGUGGAAGGGAUGAUCUCGUCGUUCCAGCAGCCGACCCCUUCGGUCGACCUUUCGCGGUUCACCAUUCCCGAUCAAAACCUCGAUUGGAUCGAUAUGGACGAUUUCGUCGAGCUGGACUGGAUCCUUCCGCAGGAGUCGAACCCUCGAACGCAGAUCCUUCCGCUCGCCUUUACCCCCCGGUUCACCUACUUCCGCCAGACGGACCACGGCCAGACAAACCCCGACGAGAGCGGAUUCAGCUAUUUCGGCGGCGAGCCGACGCACGAGUGUGUCAUGACGGAGACCAACGAUCCGCGCCGAGUGCAGAUCGCACUGAUCCAAGACCGGCUCGCCACUGUCGAGACGCAGAUCCGAAACUAUGAUUUGGCCAUCGGGGAGCAGGAGCUCCGGAUGGCGGGCGACGUUGACAACGACCCAGAAUUGAAGAAGCAACAUGCGCUGUUUGUGCGCCAGGCCGAGUCGCUGACGAGACGUAAGAACUUCCUAACGACCGGGCUGUGGCGCCUGGAGAGGCAGCUUGCGCGCGAAGAACGGACUCGCGGGGGUUCCAGGAAAGAAUCGUCAUCCCCGUGGAACGAUGCGUCGUCUCGGGUGGGCACCGACUCGGAUUCCAACAGUGAUAGUCGGGAGGCGGACAUGGACGGGCUGUACUCGUCCCCCAAUGACGAAUACGCCAGCGACUUCAACAACCGGUUCAUGAUCCACAACCUGCAGCUCAAGUGGAACAACUCCCUCCGCAAUAUCAUCUUGCGCUACAGUCAUCAGGUCAGCCAGCGCCGCGGCUUUGUCUAUUACAUGUCUCGCCGGGCGGUGAAAUUCAUCCUCGACAUUGUCGACGAGCAGAGCAGGAACAAGCGUAAACCGUCGCAGACCUACCACGAUUCGGCGCGCCGGGCAUCGGAGGACCGGAAACCGGGCGACAGUGGCGCGGAUGAUGAAAACGUGGAGGAUCGCAUCGAGCAGCUUCUGAGUGAUGCGAAACGGUUCGUCGAUGCAGAUGAAGAAGAAGGAGAAGAGUCGUCGUCGUCAUCACCGCCAUCGCCAUCGCCUGUCGGGUCUGAUGACUCCGGGGAUAAUAUUUCCCCGCAGUUCACGCCGCAGAACAGCUAUCACCUGCGGCUGUGUGCGCCGCAGAUCCAACUCCAAAGCGAAAAGAAUCCCAAGUCGGUCCUGCUGGUCGCUGCCAAGGGUAUGCAGCUGAAGGUCGUCUCCAUCAUGGACAAGGAACGCGUGUCCGACGACGUCAGCGGCCUGAUUCAGCGCCGCUUCUCGUUGGACAUGGACGGCGCCCAGUUCUUCGUUGCCACGCAGAAGAACCUCAUGGCCCACCUGCAGUUCUACGCGGGAAACAAGUACGGCAACGCCCCCGGGUCGGCAUGGCCGCCGUGGGUGACCCUGGAGGCCAUGUUCGAUUUCGAGCUGAACCCGUUUGGCUUCUCGCGCAUCAUUCAAAAGACCUCUGCAAGCCUGCGGUACGACAAGUACAACAAUCUUCGUCUGAAGUACAAUGAAGAAGUGGCCCGGGGCCACCCGGAUCAACCGGAUGGUCAUGACUGCCAGGAGGCCCGGAUGGACCAGAUCAGCGUCGAUUUCCCGCACUUCCGGGCCAUCUGCGAUUCGGCCGAGUACUACUCGCUCUACAUCAUCGUCCUGGACUUGCUCCUGUACAGCGAGCCGCUCGAGAAAGUGCGCAACGAGCGCCUGGAGAAGAUCAUGCUUACCUCGGACUUUAGCGACCUGCGCGGCGCCCCGGAGAUGGUCUUCAAGCUGCAGACCCGCAUCCGACGGCUCAAAGAGAUCAAGGAGCACUUCCAGAUCCAUGCCAGGCACCUCGACAAGCAAGGGUGGGAAGACCGCCUGGCGCUGGAGAACGACCUCACCCAGUGCGAAGAUGAACUGUUCUUCAUGAUGAAGGCCAUCACGACCUCGCAACGACGCGUCGACCCCAAGAUGUCCAAGGACAACGGCAUUCUCCGAUGGAACAUCUCGGCGUCGGAGGUUGUCUGGCAUCUGAUGAAGGACGAGUCGCAACCGUUGGUUGAGUUCCAACUGCGGAAUGCCGAGUACGAGCGCACGGAUAACAGCGACGGAUCCAACCACAACCUGGUCGCGAUCGAGCGCCUUUAUGGUCUCAAUCUACUCGCCGACGCCAUCUACCCGCAGAUCAUCGUGCCCUACUUGGAUCAAGCACGCAGCUUCGCCGGACCGGACGAUUACAUGCUGCGAGUCAAAUGGCACAUGCUGGAGGCGGUAGCGGGAAUCCCCGUCCUGGAUGAUUUCGAGAUCUCCCUGUUCCCGCUCAAAGUCCAACUCGAGCGUGAUCUGGGCAACAAGCUCUUCGAGUACAUCUUCCCCGGGGUGGGUUCCAACGCCUUUGAGAACGGAGGCUUUUCGCCUCUGAUGAUCAAGAACAUGAAGCCGAUUGGCGAUGACGACGAAUCGGACGAUGAUGACGGCCUGAGCCAUACCCAAACCAUGACUGCUGCUGCUUCUGCUCAAGACGAAGCAUCCGGCGAGGACUUGGAUUCUUUCAACGGACCGGGAUCCAUCGAGCUCCGGCUCCAGCCUACCCUAUCGUUAUCUGACGAGAAACAGUCGUCACAGCAACAGCUUCUUCAUUCUUCUACCCAUCUCAAGGGUCUCGCUUUGACACCGUUGCACAGGGAACCCACCAAUGGCAGCCGGUUGGGGGUAUCAGAAUCGAUGCACCAGCCGACCCGUCCGUCGACGAGCAAUGGGGCGUUGUCGAAGAAGCGAUCGGUCGACAGCCUCCGCAUGCUGACCAGGCAAGGCACCGAGAAAUCUCUUGCCCCAGGUCCCUCUAGCGAUGAAAGGGGCAGGAAGUUUACUCUGUCCAGACGGAAUACCAAGUCCAAAGAGCCCGCCGACGACCUAUCGCAGAUGAUGUCUCGCGCCUCGAACUAUAUGACCCUCGCGCACGUCAAGGUGAACGACGUCGUGCUCUGUCUAAGCUACAAGGGCAAAGGCGAGCAUAACAUAGAGGACCUGCACGAUUUUGUCUUCCGGCUGCCCGUCCUCGAAUAUCGCAACAAGACGUGGUCCAACCUGGACCUUGCCCUGCGGCUGAAGAAAGACGUGACCAAGGCUCUCAUCUCCCACGCUCCCGCAAUCCUGGGCAACAAGUUCUCACACCACCGGCCUUCCAAGCAGCAGCUGAAACGCCAGCGCGAACUGGCUUCUUCCUCGCAUAUGCUGCUGAACUCGGACAGCACGCCCAACGGCAGCGGCUCUGAGCAUGCCCACAGCCUCGCCAGCCUGGACUCCACCAGCGAGCACUCCGAAGUUCCAUCGCGCCGGUCUUUCCAGUCUCAUGCGUCGCCGCUUGCGCGGUCCAACUCCUUCAACUCGGGCAGGGACAGUUCUCUUCAUGAUCCAAGUAUCUUCAUCUCGGAUUCCCACUCGAUGAGUGAAGUGGACGUGGACUCUCGUUGGGAGCAAUCUCGCCGACUGAUCAACCCCCCCAUCAGACCUAUGACUUCCGGACAAACCGUGACGGUUAUCGAGGCGGGUUGGAACGGAAACGAGGUUGAUGAGAGUAACAAGAAGACGAUCCGCAGUCUUGGGCGAAAAUUACUGCGGAAGAGCUAAUCAUGCCCCCGAAUCCUCCAUACGGCUGUCGUCUAUAUUGAGUAUACCACUGUUACCUGUACAGUGGAACUUAUAACCUAAUCACUUUAUUCCCCCUUCCUUCCAGCCAUCAUACCAUGAUCCAUGACAGCCCGGGACUUGAACAUUAUUAUAAAGCCUGUUUUUCUUUUCUUGCAUUGUAUUCGCAGUUGUAUUAUUUGUUCCUUUAUUUUCUUUUUUUCUUUUUAUCCCACCUUUAAUUGAUUCCCUGUCUCUUCUCUUUUUUUCCCCAUUCUACCUGCCUUCUCUCCAUUAUCGAGUUUUAACCCUUCUUCUUCUUCUUCUUCUUCUUCUUCUUCUUCUU